GCCCAUGUGGACGUUGCAAACUGUCAACAUAGCAUUGCCUAGAUCUCCAAGGAGGAGAAGCCUCAUUGCUCAGCUACUUUACCUUAAUCCCUCGUCUUUUUUUGGAAACUACACCUACACUAAUCAAAAUGAAGGUUGUCGGAUCUACCUGCGCCCUGAAGAGCAAGGUCGGCGGCGAGGACAUGGUGCGCUGCUUGUCCGAGCAGAGCUUGACCAUCUCCAAGUGCAAGAUUCCGCUACUGGACGAGCAGAUGAGCGCCUUCCUUCACGACAUGAACAGCUGCUACAGCAAGUUGAAGGAGCUCGUGCCCACCCUGCCAACCAACAAGAAGGCCAGCAAAGUGGAAAUCCUGCAGCACGUCAUCGACUACAUCUGGGACCUGCAGGUCGAGCUGGACGAGCCGGAGAAGAGCCGCCAGCACUCCGCCAACAGCGUCACCCGCACACCGCUGACCACCCUGAACGCAGAGAUCGCUAGCAUAGCAGUGGAGAAUGGAUGCUCAGAUGACAGGAUUAUGUGCCGUUAAGACCUCGUGGAGCUUUGCACGAUCACCCCAUAGCGAGCACCGCGAAGAACAAACAAGGCUAUUUGAUGUGACGUCUUGACCACAUCUAUAAAAAAAACAACCUUGAACUAUGUAGGGACGUUCAAAACUCCCAAUGCUAGAAAAAUAAAGUUGCGUGGACAUCCUCCGGUGGCGAGGAUCUCUGUCACUCAAGGCUCUCGAUUGAUCAGAGGGCCCUGGGAGAAGAAGACCGGCGGUGUCCAGAUAGACUGGGUUAGCCGGGGGACCAAGACCAGUUCAGUGCAACCAGCAUCGCUCGUUGCUUGUAGAGUUUCUAAAGAAAGCUAAUGUUUCUGUUACGCUCUUUGUAUCUUGUGUAAAACUUUAUAGAGAUAUCCAACAUUUUGUAAAAGAAAAAAAUAAAUUUCUCAGAUUACUGAGCGACAAACUGUAUUGUAUAUUACAAUGCCACACUAUGUGCAGAUAUUGUUUUCUUGCAAUGUACCUUAUUUGUGUUUUUAUUAAAACAAGACAAUUAUUUUUGAACAAGAA